UAGGACUAUAACAGUUCGCAGUUCAGUUCAGUUCAAACGAACUGUUCGAACAGUUCAUCUGAACUGAACUGAACUGUUCAAACAGUUCAGCUCAGUUCAGUUCAGACGAACUGUUUUUAACAGUGCAGUUCAGUUAAGAGGAAUUUUGAACAGCUCCUCUGAACUGAACCGAACUGUUUGAACAGUUCAGUUCAGUUCAAACGAACUGUUCGAACAGUUCUUUUGAACUGAACUAUUUCCGAACUGUUAUAGUCCUAUUCGGUAUUCUAUUCGUUGAGGUGUCAAAAAUAGAUAUCCAAUAGUGUUAACACAAGACAAUAUAAUGUCUUUCAGACAUGAGCGAUAUGCUAUAUUCUUUCUAGAGAAUGAUCUCUUCUCGUUAAUAUUCCUGAUAAUGCCACAGAAUAAUUUAUAUAAAGUAUAAUAAAAGAUAUUCUAGAAGUAGGAAAUGUUCUAUUUAAUAAGAGAAAAAGAUUCUAGCCAAAAAUAUAUUUUUUGAUCAUAAAUUAUUUUGAAACCGAGUAGAUAAACAUAGUUCUUGACUUGAUUUCUACUAUUUAAAGUCAAAUAUAUUUGAUAAAACUAUAUAGUCAUUCUUCUACGAAUUUUGUUAUUAAAUAUAUAUAGUUAUGAGCAUCCCGAUGUUUUUGAAGAAGAAACGUGACGGACUCUGCAUAAUCUGUAGAGGAGGUUUUUGACUAUUAUGAACAAAUAUUAACUUUUCACAAAGUUAAAUAAAAAUCAACUGUAAAUUGACAUCCUCAAGAUAGGAAAAUAAUACAAUAACGUACGCAUAUAUGAUAAGCUCAUAUAUGUUCAUAGAAAAUAUAGAACUAUUUUGAUGCCAAGAAAAAAGAGCAUUAGAGGGAACUCUAUUUUGUUUCUAUAGAAUAAUCUUUCAGUAUAUAGAUUAUUCUGAGGAAUUUCUAGCAAAAAAAAGAAAGAAUGAUCUAUUCAAAAGAAUUUUACUCGAUACCCGAGAGAGAGAAAGAUCUCCUUUUAUUCUUAUACGUUUUCUCUUCUAGUUAAUAUUCCUGCUAAUGCUACAUGGAAGCAGAACGGAGUGACUAUUGGUGGAGGUAACGGGGAAGGGGGUGCCACUAAUCAACUCUUCCGCCCUUAUGGUCUCUUCGUUGAUGAUGAUCAAACAGUGGUUAUUGCUGACUUCGAGAAUCAUCGUAUCAUGCAAUGGAAGAACAGUGAUACAACGAAUGGACAAGUUGUUGCUGGUGGUAAAGGCCAAGGAAAUGGAUUACAUCAAUUGAAUCAGCCAACUGCUGUAUUAAUUGACAAAGAGACGGAUAGUCUCAUUAUUUGUGAUCAAACCAAUCGACGAGUUGUACGAUGGUCUCGUCGUAGUGGUACAACACAAGGUGAAAUACUCAUCGAUAACAUCAAUUGUUUUGGAUUAGCAAUGGAUAAACAGAGAUAUCUCUACGUUUCUGACGCAGGAAAACAUGAAGUAAGACGAUAUCAAUUGGGUGAGAAGAAUUACACUCUCGUAGCUGGUGGUAAUGGUACAGGUAAUGGACUCAGCCAACUCAACAUGCCGAGAUAUCUCUUUGUCGAUCGAGAUCAUUCAGUGUACGUGUCAGACACCUUGAAUAGUCGUGUAAUGAAAUGGAAUAAAAGUGCAAAAGAAGGCAUGGUGGUUGCUGGAGGACAAGGCCCAGGGAGUGCUCUUACACAAUUGUUUGGCCCUGAAGGAAUCUUCGUUGAUACGUUGGGUACACUCUAUGUAGCAGACUCGUCGAAUCAUCGUGUAAUGCGUUGGUCUCAAGGAGACAAGAAACAAGGCACUGUAAUUGUGGGUGGAAAUGGCUAUGGAGUAGGAGCAAAUCAGUUCAACGUACCCUGGGGUUUGUCUUUCGAUCGACAUGGUAAUCUCUAUGUCGCCGAUCGUGAUAAUCAUCGUGUUCAACGAUUUUCUAUCGAAUAA